UUAUAACUACAAUAUAAUAAAACUUUACGAAAAGAAACGCUAUUCUUCUCAAGCUCACACAGCUCGAACUUGAUACAUGUCGCGGAAGACGCAUAAUGCCGGUGCUUACAUUGCUGACGUUAGUUUGGUGCGCGCAUUAUAAUAUUUACGAAGCGACUUGAUACGGAUUAUAAAUGAAAAGCUCCAGAGAAAUUUCUGUAAUAAUAUUUAACAAAGCAUAUGUUCGUUAUAUUUUCAGAGACAAUCCCGUUUGAAGAUUUCAAAGACAUAUAAGAAAUGUAAAUAAACAUAUAAUAACACAUAAAUAUAACAACAUAAUAUGUAGAUAUCUCCUUGGCGUUCUCCGAACAGUCACUAAGUGUACGCGUAAACUGUGAGAGCAGAAUUUUGUUCAAGCCGCUAACAGUAUUGGCAUAUAUUCAACAGAAGAAUCUCGUCGUCUCAUCAACAAGGGGCCCAUAACAUCGGCAUGUCUGAUAUACCACUGCUUUUUUCACAACAGUCGUCUCUUUCAUCAUGUAGUAGUUCUCCAACAAUUUACCCUUAUCGUAACUUCUUCAAUCCAAAUAUUUGUCAUUGGUGCAAAGGAUAUCCAGGAGAACAUGGGAAAGAAAACAAUAUAUGUCUCUCGUGCAACAUGAUUCUUUACUGUAGCCGUGAUCAUGAAUUAAAGGGUAAAGGGAAUCAUCAAGAAAUCUGCGGAAUUCUAGAAAUACUUUUACAAAAUCAUCCGGAAUUUUGGAAAACCUACUAUUUCAAUCAAGAGGAAUGGAUCAAAUCGAGGAAAAAUCUCUUAAAUUUAGUCAAAAGUAAUUUGCAACGUGAUAUGAUGCCGUAUGAAAUGCAGAUGAUCAUGUUCGCUAAAUCGUGUUUUGUUUGUCAUGAACAGCGUAACCUGCAAACUUGUUCGAGGUGUUUAUGCCUGAACUAUUGUUCGGAUCAUGACGACUUUUUGACACAUCAUCACAGUACAAAUUGCACCAAAUUGAAGUCGUGUGACGAGAUAAACCGUGACAUUUAUUACAUGACAUUAUCUAACUGUAAAUAUAAAUUCUACGAGCUUAAUGCCUCCCAAAUUGAAAAGUUUAAAGCUGUUAAUAUAGAACAAUUUUUGGAAAGAUUUGCAUAUACUGAAUGUCAGGCUGAAAAACAAUUCACUUCUGAUUACUUGUCAGGUCCGUUGACACUGUAUUAUGGAAUAAUGAAUCAGGAUCUAUAUAUAAAUGAUUUACACUGUGUUGUUCAUAUAAUAGUCGCAAAUGUUUUGGAUGCACAUUAUGUGCUUCUCUGGGAAAUUAUGUUGCAUCUUUGCUCCAAGAGAAUGAAGCAUUUAAGAGUUAUAUUGAUAGGAUCAAAAAUACAAACCGAAGGACGCCGAAAUGUCGAAGUUUGUCGGAAAUGUAAUGAACGUAAAAGUCAGUUCGAGUUUGAAAGUUAUCGCAUGGUUUUUCGCGACUAUGCUAAUAUAAUACUUUCAAGUCAUCCACCAAAUGUAAUUAUAGCGUUUGAAGCAGAUAUUAGUAAGUGGGAUUUACAAACUGACAUAAUGUUAAAGUUAAAAAGACAAUCUUGCCCCUUCAUUGUAACCACCGCCUCGCCCUCCAAAUACGAACGAAACAUACGGGAAUUAAGAAAAGCACUGCGUAUACAACUAGAUCUUACUCCUAACGAAAAUAAAUUUAGUUCUCUUAAGGCAUACAGAAAUUUCGAGGACGAUGACGUGUUAUAUCGCAAUAAGUUCUUAUUUGUCAUUAGGAAUUUAAGUGAUUUAUUAAAGUCAUAUACUGACCCAAAUACUCCAGGUUCCUCACACUGAUAAAACUCCUGCCAGAUUGAAUUUUUAGAGAAGAAUAUCAUUAAUAUAUUAAAUCUAAAAGUUAGAGUUGCGCGAAUUAAGAAUUUUUAUGCCGAAUCGAA